AUGGCCGACUACGAGCGCCGGAAUAGUGGCCACCGGGGGGUGGUGGUGGUGGUGGGCGCAAGCGCCGCUAUCGAGGACUACGAUCGCCGCCCUCAGCGACGGAGAUAUGAGGAGCCACUCUUUGUGCAGGUCCGCCGGCAGCUGUUGACCAUUGCGGAAUCGGCUGCUCGGAGAGUGGAAGAUGAUGUCGUUGGAAUCGCGAAGAGUGUGGCAGAGAACUACGACGAUGAGGAGCUGCGCGACACUAUGAUCAACAUCUCCCUUGACCUUGUCCUGGAACAACCGAUGAAAAUUCCAUUUGUUGCUGCGACGGCUCUGGUCGCCCACAAUAUCAAGCCGGAGCUUGGAGCGGAGCUGCUGCAGAAGGCGGUUACGGCCUUGCAGAAAUACAUUGAUUCUGGGUCAUGGCGCGAGGUCAAGCUUCUCAUCCGCUUUUUGGGAUGCCUGCAGCCUCUGUUUGAGGGUGAUGGUAUUUUUCCACUUCUGGAGGAGCUCUUCGCUCGCGCGGUCGAUCUCCAGACCGCAUCGUCUGAAGACUUGCUCGGCAUGGAGCUUGUCAAAAUCAUUCUCUUCACCAUCCCUUACGUCAUGUCAUCCAGCGCCACUGGUUUUGAGGCCCAUGCUUCCGCGCUUCUCGAGAAGACUGACAUUAUCGCAUCCACUCCGCACGCCCUUGUUGACUUGGUGAACACCUUUAGCCCGGAGGAGAACGAAUCUGCCGCUGGCCCCAGUUUAAUCAGUGUUCUCCAAACCCAGCUUCAAAACGAAGCCAGCCAGGGUUGGGAGCUGAAGUGUCUGCCACGCCCUUGGAAGGAUGCGCUGGAAGCGGAAGGCGACGAGCAGAAGCCUUUCGACGUGGUGACCAAGGUCGCUUUCCCGCAGAUCAAUGUCCCGAACCCUGUGCCGUAUGGCCCCCGGGCUCUCUUCCCGGAGGUCUACCUCUCGGUCUAUGCCAACCAGGAGGUGGACACCGUGCCUUCCAUUUCGGACAUCGCCUCGUCGCUUCUGCGAGACGCAUUAGUGGAUACCAUCAACCUUCUUGACUUCAAUCGCGUCGCUACGGCUAAGUACCUUAUUGAUGUGGAUUGCUACUACACCCGCCACACCUUCGUCAAGCGUGCCACGCCCUUUGACCGCAUGCGUGAUAUGGCUGGUGACAAUAAAGCGUGGAAGCCAGAGGAUGUGGCGGUGGAUGCCGUCUUCUCACAGUUGUUCCAGCUGCCGACAUCGGAGCAUAAGCUUGUAUAUUAUCACGCCCUCCUGACCGAGUGCUGCAAGAUUGCUCCGGCGGCAAUUGCGCCCAGCUUGGGCCGUGCGAUUCGGUUCCUGUAUAACAACGUGGAGACCAUGGAUCUAGAGUUGAGCAAUCGGUUCUUGGAUUGGUUUGCCCAUCAUCUGAGCAACUUCGGCUUCACCUGGAAGUGGAGCGAAUGGGUUGAAGAUCUCGAGCGCCCUGCCAUUCACCCCAAGAUGGCCUUCAUUCUCGGUGCCCUGGACAAGGAAAUUCGACUUAGCUUUGCGCAGCGCAUCAAAGGCACUCUCCCCGAGCAGUAUUUGCCGUUGAUCACAGAGUCCAAGGAAAAGGAUACCCCCGAGUUCAAAUAUCUCUCCGAGGGUAUGUGUGACGGCAGUCCCCCCCGUUUGACUACUACUAGUACUUUUCCAGUCACUAAUUCAUCAACGACAGCAACCCCGUACUCAAAGGAAGGACAAGAGCUCAUGCAACUCAUCCGCAAGAAGGCAGGCGACGACGAGCUCCAGCCUGUCAUCGCCUCCAUCGAGGAACAGGCGCAGAGCCUGGGCGUCGAUGACCCUAAGGUCCCCUCCACAGACGCGCUCAUGACCUCCAUCUGCUUCGUGGGCUCCAAGUCCCUCUCGCACGUGCUGUCCUGCAUCGAGCGCAACAAGGAUCGCCUGCUCGCCAUCGGCGCGGCCUCCGAGAAGGCCCGCUGCCAGAUCAUCACCUCCGUCAUGGAGUACUGGGCCGAUCAGCCCGGCAUCGCCAUCAACAUCGUCGACAAGUUGCUCAACUACACCAUCAUCAGCCCCCUUUCCGUGUUGGAGUGGGCUCUCAUCGAGCACAUUGAGGCCGGCGCCAUCCUCUCCAAGUCCCACAUCUACGAGAUGAUCUCGGCCACCGUCGGCAAGGUCACCAACCGCAUGCGCCAGAUCGUGGCUGCCCGCACCCAGAAGGGCCUGUACGAGCCCCAGCUCAGCGUCCUCGAUGAGACCCUGUCCCGCGAGCGCGUCGGGAUGCAAGCCCUCUUCAAGUUCAUCGAGGACUCCCUUGUCUCGGUCGCUGCCGGCAGCAACGACGAGCUCAUGGAGCGUGGCAAUGGCUCCGGCGAUAUGCCCGAAGACCUCAUCCUCCGCCAAUGGGGCCGCCGCUGGCUCCGCGUCUUCCGCCGCAAGGCCGCUGUCGAAGAGGCCUUUAUCUCCGAUGCCCUGCUCAACGCUACCCCGGUCGGCACGAUCGCCCCGGUGCAAGAGGAAGUUGUGGAUACCGUGGCUGAUGGAGACAUUCACAUUGCUGAUGCGGACGGGCCAUAA